AUGGGGUCCGCCGCGAAGCGACAAGGCUGCAGCCGCCGCGGCUCCGGGGCAGCUGACACGGCUCCCGAGAGGCUGCUGUGGCCCUGGCCCUGCGAUGUGCGCAAUGACCGGCUGCUGCGUGAUGGCAGCAGCGGCAACUGCAGCUGCGGGGAGCUGGCGGCGGGGGUGCUGGACGACAACGGCGACGACGGCAACGCGCCCAUCACGGCGGUGGCGGUGCCGGAGGGUACGGAGCUGACGGCGGCAUACACCAUGCCCGUAGCGCUGACGGCGCAGCAGCGCUCGCUGCCUGGGGAAGUAAGUCGCAGCCCGGCGGGAGAUAUCUGGUCCUCGACCGUUAUGAAUCCAGCAGCUACUAGCGAAGACAUGGAGUUGGGCCGCAUGGGCGCGCCGCCGCUGCCGCCGCCGCCACCGCCGCCAGUGGAGGACAGGUUGCUGGAGCUGUUGCGCAGGAGAGUUCGGGAGCUGGGGAACGAAGGCGGGAGGAGGGCAGGCAGGCUGGAGGCGACGGAGGAGCCAGGGGAGAGGCAGUUGGAGGCCAAGAGGAGGAUCUCCUAA